AUGGCAUCGCGUAGUGGGGGACGUUUUGAAAAAAGCCGUUCAUGGAGAUCUUACAGAGCACUUCCUCCCCCUUCACCAUCUGGUCUACCGUACAAUGCGGACGGAACAUCUCCAUCGUAUGAAAGUUGUGCGUCAUGGGUUAAGUAUGGUAUUUAUGCGUGCAACAUUGUUUUCCUUCUGGUUGGGAUACUAACUCUCGCUGUUGGGGCGUGGUUAAGGACGGACUCUCGAUUUCGUGAAUUUUUGUCGGAGCGUUAUCGCAAUGUUGUCGAGGAAGCUUUUUGGCAGGCUCCGACACUGUAUAUAUUCUCAUAUAUAACUAUUGUUCUUGGUGCGUCUAUGGUUGUAAUUAGCAUUUUUGGUUGUUGUGGCGCUAUUGUACAGUCUAGAGCAUUGCUUUUGAUAUAUUCAGUUAUCGUCGGAAUUUUGUCACUUUGUACUUUGUCUGCGGGAAUUUACGUUAUGUACAAAAGAGAUGGGAUUGAUGUUGAAGUAUCUGACGCUUUAAAUUACAUGGUGCAGCACUAUUAUCAAGGUGCAGGAGUCAUUCAGGAGAGUUUAGAUAGGUUACAACAAACAUUCCGAUGUUGUGGAAAUGCAGGAUGUAGUGAUUUUAAAGUUUUUCGCCAGGACCCCCCUCGUACCUGUGAUAUCCGUUGUGAUGGUUGCCACUACAGGAUUAUGCUUGCGCUUAGAAUUGGUUUUUCUGUGUCUUUUAUUGUCUUUUCACUCGUAGUUCUACUCCAGGUAUCGCUUCCUUUACUUAAUUUAAUUUCUUAG